AAGAAAAAGUAAAGGCAUUAUUUUGAAUUCGGGCAGAAUUUCGCAUUCAGGAAGCAACCUUUUCUCAACCUGACGGGCAAAAUUCCUGCAUUCUAUCUCCCAGAAAAGAGGUGAAAAACGGUAUGGAUGAAAAAACAGAACAAGAGAUGACUGAUACAAACGUCGCUGAGACAACAGAAGAAUGUCUCGAGAAUGGAAGUGGUGGUGAAAAAUCACAAGACGAUACACUUGGAGAAGUAGUUAGCAUAAGUACCACCUUGGCGCAGAACACUGUCCCGAACGUGGUUUUCAGUGAAGGUAACAAAACAGAGGGAGAAGAUAUGGUGUUCACUGUUGUAGCCGUGGACAGUAACAUUGAUGAGUACGUGGAAAUGAAUUCUGAAACCCUCCCCCAGGAAGUUCAACUCAGCUUAGUCCAACCACCGGCGGAGUCAGAUACUGGUGGUAACAAUUCCGACAGGUUAUCGGAUAUAAACCAACUCGCCUUGAUUGCAGCCAGCAUCGAAGAAACCCCAAAGCACGCCAACGUAACCAGCCCCGAGGAUGCGCAGGAAAAAAGCUCUGAAAUACCAAUGGUCGAAUUGGAGAACUCGAAUACCCCUCGGCAAGCCAAACCGAAAAACUACCAAGAUUCGGCAGGGGCUCAAAAAAAUGUAAAAGGCAGAGUGGUCUGUACCAUAUGUGAUCAAAAUUUCUCAGAUCUUCCAUCAAUGAGGCGCCAUCGCUUGAUCCACUCCGAGGAGAAGCCCUACCAGUGUGAUUUUUGCGACAAGGCCUUCCGGCGUAAGGAUAACCUACGAGAGCAUCGGAACAUUCACACCCAAGAACACGUGUAUAAAUGUGACCGUUGCGGCAAGACCUUCCCACGAAAGUACACUCACAAGGUGCACAUGUCGAGGUUCUGUAUGAAACCAGGAGAGGUAUCGGGGAUUGGCGACGAAACUUGGACGACCACUUCCGAAAAAGCAGCUCACGUGAAAACGAACAUGGUCGCGACUAAGACUUCAGAACCGUGCCAUAUUUGUUUCAAAACCUUUCGAGAUGCAUCGACCCUGAAGCGCCAUUUGCUAACCCACUCCGACGAGCGUCCGUAUAAAUGCACGGAAUGCGACAAGGCAUUUCGUAGAAAGGACCACCUUCAGGAACACGUGAUAGUACACAAGUUAAUCCGUCCCUUCAGUUGCCAAACUUGCGGGAAGUCGUUUUCAAGAAAGAACGGACUCAAGACGCAUAUGAUACGAACAACCCAUCUGCUUGGAUUCGAUGACAUCGUUAUACCUGAGCAGCCGAAGGAUUCUGAGGGAGUAGCUGUGGACGUUGUUGAGCAAGUGCUUGCAGCUGAUCAGUUAGUGGCUACUACAAGCGAAGUAUUUCCCGAAACCUCCCAAGGAGAAAAUGUCACCAGCAACAAUGAGCAGUCUACGUCAGCUGACAUUUCAUCGUCUGGACAGUCAAAAAGUUCAGAUAAUGUCGCAGUGCAUGUGGUCGAACACGUGCUUGAGGCUGACCAGUUAGUAUCCGCCACAAGUGAGGUGUUUCCUGGAAACUCCCAAAGCGACAAGCCAACUGGAAAUACCGAUCAAUCCGCAUUGAGUAAAGGUACAAAUGGAAGCAACUUCCAGCCUGAAGGCAAUGAUCGAGCGCGAAGUACAACUGUGACUUUGGAAUUCUCCAAAGUGCCAGCAAAUUCCGAGAAUCCGACAGAAUCUGAGACCACUGUAGUAAUUUCAGAGAAAGGUACUGAGCCAAACGAAUUAGACAACCUCGAAAACGUUGAACCGAUGGACGAUUCAAGCGCACAAGACGUAGAAUCCGUUGUGAUCAAGUCGAUUUUCUGUCCUAGCUGUAACGGGACGUUCCCAGGUAAAGUUGAACUCUGGGAGCAUUUCCAACAACACAUUGACGAGGGAAUGUUCGCUUGUGAGCUUUGCUUUGAAAUCUUUGUUAGCACGGAGCUGUUGCAAGAACACCAAAAGAAUUGCGACCCUUCCACAGUAGGGGGUAGUGAUGAAGGUGACGAUGAAAACACCGUAAGUAACGAAACUGUCGGUACCCCGGAGAAAGACCCUUCCACGCCAAACUCGAGGAAAAGAAAAAGGACAAACACUGCCGAAAGAACUGAUCAAACGUGCACUGUUUGUAAUAAAGUGUUUCGGGAUACCACCGCUUUGAAACGACAUGCUUUGGUUCAUAGUGGAGAACGUCCACACGCAUGCGGUGAAUGUGAAAAACGUUUUCGACGUCGCGAUCAUCUGAAGGCGCACGAAAUUGCCUACCAUAGCGGCAUAACAUCGCACGAGUGCAAGACGUGUGAUGCAGCGUUCAAUACAAGGUACGCACUAACAGUUCAUGCAAAAACCUGCAAGAACCGACCGUCGUCGCCAAAGGAACCCGUCUCCCAAGAGGUCAAGCUUAUUGGCAGCCCCGAAUCAAAGCAAUGUCCCAUUUGUCACAAGAUAUUCAAAGAUCCGUCAACCCAACGACGCCAUUUCCGAAUCCACUCCGACGAACGCCCUUUCCAUUGUGAUAUCUGCUCCAAGUCGUUCCGACGAAAAGAUAACUUGAAAGAGCAUUUGCUUUGCCACUCGGAAGAGAAGCCGUUCUCUUGCGACCACUGCGGGAAAUCCCUGUCCAGACGUAGUAGUCUCACCAAUCACAUGAACGUUUGUCCCGCGAAAAAGCUAGGAAUCGGCGCAACUAUGGCAAACUCCGAGAACCCCAUCAUACCGGAAAUGCAAUUCACCCAGUCCGCCGUGCAAGAAAUGUGUGUCAGCGGUAAUCCACAAGAAAUUUCCGCCGCCCAUCUCCUAGCAACGGGUCUGGCGACCUCUGUGACGUCAUUAGAUGUGACGACAUCUGGAGUGACGUCAUCUGAAGUUGCUUCUUUGGAUGACGACAUAGAACACGGGCUGCCGGAUGAGGAUGACGGAAGUGGAAACACUUUCCCGUGCGAGGAAUGUGGCAAAGUUUUUCGCGCCAAAUGGACCCUGAAGUUCCACCAACGUAUUCACAGCGGGGAAAAGCCGUACACGUGCACAACAUGUGAUCGACAAUUCCGUCAGUCAAGCCACCUUAAGAUCCACGAGCGCACCCAUUCCGGAGAACGACCGUAUCAAUGCCAGGUGUGUGGUCGCGCAUUUAUCGAUUCUUCGACCAUGAGACGACACGAGCGCCAUCACAAGGAAGCCGCUGACCCGAAUGCAGUCAUUAAUGACCAACAUGACGUCAUUACUACUGAAGACGAAAUUAUUCACUCCCAAGGUGACGUCAUUAAUGCCCAAGAUGAUGUAAUCAACGCCCAGAGUAACGUCAACGAUCAAGAUUACGUCAUCAGUAACCAAGUCAUCGAAGAUUCACACCAGAUCAUAGAUAACAUAAACGAGAGCGAGGCUAACGUAGUCCAGCAAGCGGUUGAGGUCAGUCUCGAAGAAGGCGCGAUUCAACUGCUCGUGACAACAGCCAAUGAACUCGCGAACUCUAGCCAACCAAUCAGCACUAAUGUUGUUCCAGGCAUGAACCAAUCAGACGACGGGACGAGACUGGAUGAAAGUAACCUCAGGCAAAUCUUGAGAGAGUGCAUAAGGAACCAGACGAUUUCUGCGGAAAAAAUUGAAACAUUGGAAGGUAUAAACUGGCAGCAAAAUCCGACGAACGAAGGCGUUGAACAAUUGAUAUACAUUCAAACUGAAGAGAGCACUCAGACCGAGUAGAAAGAGGUCCAAAAAUGAACUAGCUUCUAGAUAAAUAAAGAACACAAGCUUAAGAAGACUUCAUGAAGAAGCUACCUUUUAAAAACACAAAUGCGACUUUAAGACUUUGGAGUGGAAUAUGAUUAUAUCGAAAAUGAUUUGAUUAUAGCCCAAUUGCAAAUUAAACUGAAAAUUUUAAAAAAGGAACUUUAACUUGCAUGCUUGCUUAGCAUUGCCUAAAAGAGUUAACGUCGAAUACUUAUAGUAAACUCGCAAAGGUCGGUAGCGAAAAACUAUUUACAGACGUGUGAAAUUUCGUCCAAAUGCAUUGGGUCGCUAUUUCCAAAAUGGGACGAAGGCAUUUCUACCGAAUUUGACUUUGUAAAACACCAGCAUCUGACUUGAACGAAGCUUUUUUAGUUUUCUUGUGAAAGUGUUAACAAGUAUCUUAUAAAUGUAAACGCCUGUAUUUGUAUGUACUUUUGAGUGAUUUUGCUAAAGUGAUCGGCGAUUUGUGACAUAACUUUCAAUGUGAGUUCAUCUCUCGCUUUGUAAUAUCGAAUUACACUUGCGAUCAGUAAAUUCAAUCUCUAGCCAGGUAAGGACAGAAGAAUCCUUAUCGUUGAAUUUCGAAACAUAUUGAUAUAAUACAUGGUUGAUUAAGUAACAUAACAGACUUGACGUUUUCCACUCGUUCGGUUUUAUUCACCUGCGACUUAACUCAACCGUCGAGAUACACCAAGAAUGUCUCUUGAAUCGCAGCUAGGCUGUGGAGCUCCUUAAAAAGGG